GGUGCUGCAGUCGAGAGCCAGCUUGUUGUAGUGGUGAGAAGGGCUGGCUUAGAAACCAGAAGGGUGUUAGUUCUAGUCCUGCCUUAGGGGGAAAAAGCCGGCUGGGGGACUUUAGACCAAUCCCCAGGAGAUGGUAAAUUCUAGUCCUUCCUUAAUCAGGACAGCCAACUGGGUGACUUUGGGCCAGUCGUUCUCUCUCAGCCUAACCCACCUCAAAGGGUUAUUUUGGAGGAAACAGGAGAACGAAGGAGCAUUAGGUAUGUCCACCCCUUUGAAUCAUUUAUACAGGGAGGAUAAAAAGCAUCCAUUAAAAAAAAAAACCACCAAACACACAUGUAAAUAGCUGAAAGGUCAACCAGGUGUGGAGGAAUAGGGUAGUAGAACAAAAUGCAUGCUCCUUGCUCCAUGUUGCAAAACUAAGAAGUAAUUUCUUAACCCCUGGGGAAGUUGAGGCAAGCAACUCUGGGCUGGAAGAGGAAAAAGCUCCGUCUGAAGGUCCUUUGCAGAGCAAAAGAGGAAAGGAAAGGCCUUGCUGGUGUGCAUCACAGGUGCCAGGUUUAUGUGGCAUUUUCUAGGCCACAUUCCAUAUUCGGUUAAGCCAGGACUGUUUGCGGAAGAGUCUCAAGAGUUGAAAAGAGCCUCCUAAUGUGUAGGUUUUAAAGCCUCCAUUUUGAGUCAAACCUCCCCAAAGUGUUUCCAAAUGUCCACCCAAUACACCAUUUAUUUUGCUGAUCCACUCUGGAUCCUGGCUGUACUUUUUGCAAUCCUGAAAGACGACACUCAUUAUUUCUUGUUCUUUCCCCUUUUCUAACCCUGUUUGCAUCCCACCCUGUUUAUUUAGACAGCCAGUUUUUAUUACACACUGAAAUACUGGCCUGGGUAGGAGUUGAGGUAUUUUUAGAGCUGCACAUGAAAAGAUUUCAGCAUGAAGAGCCCGAAUUGGUUUAACCUGGCAGGUCAGAGUUAAUGGGAGGAAUAAUAUUGACUCACAUGGAACUAAAUCUAAGAGAUAAUUACAUGGACAUUUUCAUAAGGACCCUAUUUUCUAUCCCUCUCUCAUUCUCCCCCCCUUUUUUUUUACAUUUUGCAAAUGCUUAGCAAACAGGAUGCCUUUUAUCUUGAGUAAAACAUUUGGGGGUACCCAAGAAAGAAUUAAAAACAAGAAGUACUGACCAAACUAUUGAUUGUGUUCCUUUAUACAUGUUUGCGGGUUUAUUAUGCUGUUUGGAAUCACAAAGCUGGAAAGGAAACUAAUUAGUGACAUCCUUGGGAUCAAUAGCUUUUAUCAGAUUGACGAACGCUGUGUCAAGUUGUCACUUUACAAACUCCCACUACCUUUGAGUGUCCGAUUGUUAUCAAAAUGCAUACGCAAAAGGAACAGAGCAGGCAUUGUGACCACAUGACUCUGCCACCAGCAUGUACCCCCCUUCCCAGGUCAAUGUAAUGAUUAGUCGGCCAGACAGGAACAUGAGAUUAAAUUCCCAUGCAGGCUAUUAACUUCACUGGGCCAAUUAUGCACGAUUAAUGUACUUCACAGGAUGGUUGGGAUGAUAAAAUGAGGACAGAUGUGGGAUACACUCUAGAAAAAAAUAACUGUAUACAUUUAUUAAAUGUGCAUGGAAGAUGAGUAGUUAUUGGCAACUAAUUCUCUCCUUAUUUUUCAUCCCUGUUUCAGAAGAGUCCAACAGCAGUAAAAAAAAAAAAAAAGAAUAAAGCAUCUAACUUAUGGUUUAUUUGAUUUAGCUGAUCCUAUCUUUCUUUCAGCUGCUCAAGAUAGUAUAAACGCAAUAACUUUGCCUAUUUUUAUUUCUUGUUGAGGGGAUAAGGAAAAUUGAUGUUGGCUCAAGAUUGCCCUGAAAACUCCGAGACUGAGGGUUUUGUUUUGUUUUGUUUCGUUUCAUUUUCACAUUUAGGAGUAACGGCCACUACAAAGAAAACUCAGGAUGAAAAGAUGGCUGACUUCUUGUUACCACUGGGUACUAACAACUUUCACCGGUUCACACCCGAAUCCUUAUCGGAGAUUGAAAAGCGGAUCGCGGCAAAGGUCGGAAAGGAUACUAAGCAGGAAUAUAGAGAGCAGGUGGGAGAGGAAGAAAAACUGCGGCCACAGUUUGACUUGCAAGCAUGCAAGAAGUUGCCAGACAUCUAUGGAUCACCCCCAUCCGAGCUUAUCGGGGAACCACUGGAGGAUAUUGACCCCUUCUACGGAGAUCAUAAGACAUUUAUAGUACUGAACAAAGGGAAGACGAUCUUUCGAUUUAGUGCCACUCCUGCCUUGUACAUUCUUAGUCCUUUUCAUCGAAUCAGAAGAAUAGCAAUUAAAAUUCUGGUACAUUCAUUAUUCAGUAUGUUUAUUAUGUGCACUAUUUUAACCAACUGUGUAUUCAUGGCGUGGUCCGAACUUCCUCCGUGGAAUAAAUACGUGGAGCAAACUUUUACUGCCAUUUACACAUUUGAGUCAUUGAUUAAAAUACUGGCCAGAGGAUUUUGUAUGACUGAAUUCACUUUCCUUCGAGACCCCUGGAACUGGCUGGAUUUUUCUGUUAUUAUCAUGGCAUACAUAACAGAAUUUGUGGACGUGGGCAAUGUCUCAGCCUUACGAACAUUCAGAGUUCUCCGGGCGCUGAAAACAAUCUCAGUCAUUUCAGGUUUGAAGACCAUCGUUGGAGCCCUUAUCCAGUCAGUUAGGAAACUUGCAGAUGUGAUGAUCCUGACCGUUUUUUGCUUGAGUGUUUUCGCCCUCAUAGGACUCCAGCUUUUCAUGGGAAACCUCAGGAACAAAUGUGUCCGAGAUUACACAGAAUUCGAAUCCAUCAACGGCACCUUCGCUUCAGAUCAAAAGACCUGGCAAACCUUGAAUGAAUUUAUCAGUGAUCCAGAAAACUACUUCAUUAAGGAGGGCACAACAGAUCCAUUACUGUGUGGCAAUAGCACAGAUGCUGGCACAUGUCCACCAGGCUACAGGUGUUUAAAGGCUGGAGACAAUCCUGACCAUGGCUUCACAAGCUUUGAUACUUUCGGCUGGGCUUUUCUCUCCUUGUUCCGCCUCAUGACUCAAGACUGCUGGGAACGUCUCUACCAACAGACUCUGAGAUCUGCUGGAAAGAUCUAUAUGCUUUUUUUCAUGCUGGUCAUAUUUUUGGGGUCUUUUUACCUAAUCAACUUGAUUUUGGCUGUGGUGGCCAUGGCUUACGAGGAGCAGAACCAAGCUACCAUUGCAGAAAUGGAGGCCAAGGAAAAGAAAUUUCGAGAAGCCAUGGAGGCACUGAAGAAAGAGCAAGAGGCGUUAGCUCGGGGCAUUGAUUCAUUGUCACUUAGUUCACUUGAAAUGUCACCUGUGGCCAUGAAGAACUUCAAAGAACAAAGGAAUCAAAGAAGAAAAAAGAAGUCCUCAGGGGCAGAUGAUGAGGCAGAAGAUCAAGAGCCUGAUUCAGAUGAGGGCCAACGAAGGGCGACUCUCCUGGGUUUUACUUCAGGCUCUUUGGAAAAUUCAGUGAGACGUAAGACCAGCCAUGGAAGUGUUUUCAGUUUCCGCCUACGCAGCAGGGAAAUGGGUUCAGAGGCAGAGUUUGCUGAUGAUGAUAUUAGCACGGUCGGAGACAGUGAAAUCCAACAUGGCUCACUGCUAAUUCCGAGGAACGGGAGACGGCUGAGUGCACAGAGUCAAGGGAUUUAUAGCUCUCCAAUCUACACAUACAGUAGCAAAAGGAACAGUUCGGUGGAUUGCAAUGGAGUGGUGUCGCUGAUUGGCGGUGGAGAAAGCUUGGAUCCAACCACUCCAACUGAUGUGUUGUUGCCACCAGUCACUGCAGAUAAAUAUGGAACAGCUGACACGACCUCCAUUUCUGAAGAGCUGAACAAGAGGCAGCUUCUAUCACCCCAACGCCUUUCUAUGGAGCAUUCUGAAGAACACUUUCAUAGGAAACGUGCUGUGAGUGCUGUCAGCAUCAUCACCAGCGCUUUGGAAGAGCUUGAGGAAUCUCAACAGAAAUGUCCUCCUUGCUGGAAUCACUUUGCAGUAAAAUUUCUCAUAUGGGAUUGCUGCCCAAUGUGGCUCUUGAUCAAGGAGAAAGUCAAGUUCAUCAUUAUGGAUCCUUUCAGCGACCUCACAAUCACCCUUUGCAUUGUGAUGAACACACUCUUCAUGGCCAUGGAUCACUACAAGAUGACCAAAGAAUUUGAGGAAGUGCUGAACGUUGGGAAUCUGAUCUUCACUGGUAUUUUUACGGCUGAGAUGGUGUUUAAGGUUAUAGCAUUGGAUCCAUAUUAUUAUUUUCAGCAAGGCUGGAAUAUUUUUGACAGUAUAAUUGUCACGCUAAGUUUGAUGGAACUAAGCCUUUCCAGCAUGGGAAAUGUGUCUGUGUUACGCUCCUUCAGACUGCUAAGGGUCUUCAAGCUUGCAAAAUCUUGGCCAACCUUAAAUACGCUUAUUAAAAUAAUUGGAAACUCAGUGGGAGCAUUGGGAAAUCUUACCCUUGUUUUAGCCAUCAUUGUCUUCAUUUUUGCGGUGGUCGGGAUGCAGCUUUUCGGAGAUUUGUACUACAAGAAUGUCAGCAGAAUCAGCAGCAACGGAAUGCUACCCCGCUGGCACAUGAAGGACUUUUUCCAUUCUUUUCUAAUAAUCUUCCGCAUCCUUUGUGGAGAAUGGAUUGAAACUAUGUGGGACUGCAUGAAAGUCGUUGGUCAGCCACUGUGUCUCCUGGUGUUUCUGCUGGUCAUGGUGAUUGGGAACCUGGUGGUGCUGAACCUGUUUCUUGCCUUACUGUUGAGCUCAUUUAGUGCUGACAAUCUUUCUGCGCCAGACGAAGAUGGGGAGAUGAACAACCUGCAGCUGGCCUUUGCCCGCAUCAACAAGGGGCUGAAGUACCUCAAGCGUGCCAUGUGGAAUUUCUGCUGUAGGGUCCUUCGACAACCAAAGGCGACUGCUGAAAAGAAAGCCAUGAUGAAGCUCGUGACUCACAAUCAGCCGGUCAUGCACAACUGUGUCAAUAAUCACAUGGCUAAUGAGUUUGUCAAAGAGGAGCAGAACCAGAAGGAGAACCACACCAGCAAUGCCAGAGGUGCCACCAACAAAGUGGCUGAUGACCACAAUAAUGACUUUAUGACCAACCCAGACAUGUCCAUUUGUGUCCCUAUUGCCAUGGGCGAGUCAGACAUUGAAGAUGAUGAGCAAAGCACAUUCACGGAAACAGACCAGGUAAGUUUCUCCUUAAACAAAUCAUGGAUGUGGUCAAUGCAGUUUUAGGGAAACUAUGAGAAAGAGGUGCAAACUGCGUAACAACCUUCUCCAAACACAGUUGGGAAUCGAAACCGUCGUAGUCCCAACACUCCUGGUGUGUAUAAAGAGUUUGAAAAGGGCUGUUCAUACAUGGUAGUAUGGGGUAGAGAUAUUUUUCUAUCUGUUGGGUUUGCUGAGCAGGUGCAGGCAGCGGAUGUGGCUCUGGAGAAGUAGAUAAUAGCAAGCCCAGAAUUCAUAUAGGAUCUCAGCUUGUGGGAAAAUUGUGCCACACUCAUUGCCUGUGUGACUAAGUGGCACCCAUUUUGCAUACUCAAGACCCUGGAGAGGUGACGAUAUUAGAACCAUCCAAAAUCAAGGCACAAACAAUAUCAUUGAUGCUUUAAUUGUUCCGGAUAUUUGUAGAUGUAAAUGCCAAAAUUGGAACAUCCUUCUGUGAUAAACUCCUCUUUUAUAUAUUACAAGCUUUUCCCUUUAUAAGCGUAGCAAUGGUUGCCAUGGUGUUCUCCAAGGACACAACUAUGCAACUAGAUUAA